AUGGUCUCCGAUAAAAUCCGCCGUCUUGAAAGACGCGCAGAACAACCCUUCCGCUUCAUGGACCUUCCUGGAGAGUUGCGCAACAAGGUAUACGCUUUACUCCUUUGCUCCUUCGGAUCUACCCCGGACCGCGCUAGAGAGCGCAGCGACGCCUUUCUCGACGACCGUUCUGGCUUAUUGCAUGUUGUCGACCUUCCGCACACGAACAACCCAACUAUCCUUCGUACCAAUAGCCAGAUCCAUCGCGAAGCCUACGAUGUCAUGAUCAAGACCAACCGUUUCAUUCGCGUUCGACUCACACAAGCUCUACCCCUUCGAAAGAUCCUUUGCUGUCUGGGUGUUGCGGUAGUCGCGACUGGGCACCGUGCAGCGCAAUCCAGCAGAUAUUUGGUAGACAUAUUUAUGUCGACGUACCCACUCAGCAAAUACCAGGGUCAAUCAUGCGACUCCCGAUCGACUAGUAUAAUCGUUCGUGUCAACGAUCUUGAGCUGUUCUGCCGUGACUUUAAGAAAGUAGACGCAAUAUCUCCAGUGCUAUCUAAAUAUAUAACAAUGGUCAUCGACGUAGCCCCGAUGCUCGAUCAUAAACGCCCAUGGUAUCGGGACGACUUUGCCACUUUCUUUUCCGAGACCACCCAAAAGGCGAUAUUGAAGCCGUUACUCUUGCUGAGAGAAAUUGCUAGCGUCGAAUUUCGGGGCCCUGUCAUGCCGAAUAUUGCGGUCAAGCUUGGGAACAGCAUGAUAUCCGACGAGCAUGAAGAUCUUGACCACAGCUUUCAUCUUAUAACGUGGAUCAAGGAACUUGGAGUCAAGUCGUAUUAUGAAGGCAAUAUGAAGAGUGCAAUCUCAAUUUGGGGAGACGCACUGAUGAGGUUGCUGUGCAUGCGUGAGAGUAAAGCCUGGACAAAGCUUAUGGAAAUGUAUGGAGAAACUUCGAUUAACAGGUUCGCGACGCUGCAAUGCUCACUCGGUCUCAACUUGACACAAGCCGAGAUAGUUCGGUGGCGCGAAGCCUCAUGGAGUGCCACAACGGAGACUGGCCUGGAUGUGGUCCGCAUGUGCCGCCACCAAGGAGACUGGAAGGAUGGCUACACCUGGACCUUACCUAACGUUCUGGCUGCGAAGUACUUUUACCGGACGGCUUUGUGCAUUAGACUCUGGGGACAAACCUCGGAGGCUGUUGUCGCUUUGGAAUCCAUCAGCCAAGCUCAGAUGCUUGCACCUUACGAUCCCGCCAUACCGAAGGAGCAACGUAACAUCAAGAGGUGGGCAGGCAUGGUUUGA